AAGAAUGUAAAACAUUUUGAUCGAUUCGGUCGUCUUCAACGCUWAUAUCAAAUUUGCCAUAAAGAUACAAUGGGGAUAGAUUUAGAGAACUUUGAUUACAAUGUUCCCCAAGAGUUUCUUUGUCCAAGCUGUCGCAAAGUGUUUCAUUUUCCCUUAGUUACCGACUGUUGGCAUAUUUUGUGUACAAAAUGCUUCAACAAAAGACACAAAAAACGCCUCAAAUGCCCAGUUUGUGGUCAGACAAUGGGAAAUGGAGAUAAGAAAUUGGAUAAAUCUUGGCUACAACGUUAUGAAGGGUUAAAAAUGAACUGYACUAAAGGAUGUGAAAUGGCAAUCACUGUUGGUGGCCUGGACAACCACAUAAACAAUGAGUGCCCYCUUACCUUCACAAUUUGCACUAACAUGGGGUGCUCCAAGAAGGUCAGAAGRCGGGAUUUAUCCCAACACCUAAGUGUUUGUGAUUACAGGCUUCUAGAUUGUGAAAAUUGUGGUUUUCGAACCCAGUUUUUAAAUUUGAGGACUCAUCAGUUGGCAMGGAAAUGUGGAAUGAAGAGGAAUCUACAUACCAUUGUACAGAACAGACGAGAAAUGAAUGCUAUAGUCAAACAGCAUAAAAAAAGAGUAGAUCAAGAGACCUUUAAGAGAACACUGAAUGAAAGAGAGCUAGAAAAGACAAAAAUGUKGUCUGCAAUUUACCGAAAUAACCCAAACAGACCUGUGUCGCGCAGCCCCAGUCCAACAAGGAUGGAGGAAGAGAGAGCCUCSACAUCUCUCAGCAGACUAAGCAGUUAUUCAAMCAGGUUACAGUCUAGCAGAAGUGGUGCRUCUCCAGACACUGCAAUGUUAUGCAUGAACUGCAAGAAGCUGUUUGUUGACGAUGCUAACCACGACCAGGCCUGUCAUUGGCAUGUUGGGCCGAUCGUAGAUGUGUUUGGGGUAAGUUAUUUUUUUCUCUUUAUGAUAUUGAUUCAUGUUGUCUCUCUUAUAAUCAUCACCAGUGGGGAGCAAGGAUGGCCGAGCGAUUAAAACGCCGGUCUAUCACCGCUGUGA